CUGUCCUCCUUGUCCGGUGCCGAGGCCCGCUUUCCCCUCCGCCACUUCGGGCUCUCCCGGGGAUCAUGGAGGAGCCGGAGAUGCAGCUCAAAGUGAAGAAAGUGACAGACAAGUUUACGGAGAGCAUGUAUGUCUUGGCCAACGAACCUUCUGUGGCUCUGUAUCGGCUUCAGGAGCACGUCAGGCGCUCCCUCCCGGAGUUGGCCCAGCAUAAGGCCGACAUGCAGAGCUGGGAGGAGCAAAGUCAAGGGGCCAUCUACACCGUGGAGUACGCUUGCAGUGCCAUCAAGAACAUGAAAGACAGCAGCGUUUAUUUCAAGAGCAUCGAGGGUCUGCUCAGGCACACCAUUGCCAUGAAAGACCGCCUGAACGCUGCCCGCAGGUAGCUCCAGGAAGCCCCCCACAAACCCUCCUCCCACCCCCAGAGGAGUCCCAGGGUCUGGUCGGCGCAAGAGGCCAAGACAGCAGCAGUGUGCACUGUGUUGAUUGUGGCUGACUUUUUAAAUUAAAUCUUGUUAAUAUUAAAGCUCAGCAAGCAGCAAGCCAA